AAUGUUCGUGGUUCGAGUCGAGUAGAUUUGUAAUUCAGAAAUGGCGUAGAAAGUGUCUGAUUCAUUUUCUUUUACAUUUUGUAUAUAAUUGUUUUAAUUUUGAUGCAGAUCUGUUACGAUUGAAGUAGUUUGUGUAUAACGUCGGUUUUACACUUCGUGUGUGUUUAAUGUACUUUGGAUAUCAAGUGAUACAUUUCCCUUUGUUUUUUUUUUUAACAUAUGCUGUAACGUAUUAUAUAUUUUCACCUAAUUUUAUUUAUGAAUUAAAAUGAGUCUAUCAAGGAACCUUGAAGAUUCUGGAACAACAAAUAUUAAGGGAACUAGAAGCCAUUCGGCUCAAGGUCUCCCAAGCACUAAUAGCCCAGCUAUGAAAAUACCAUUUCCUCCCCGUUUAUGGAUAACAGAUGUAGAAGAUGAAUCUUCAGAUGAUAUGAGUGGGAGUGUUAGGGAGGAAGGUGUUUUAAGUGCUGAGCGUCCUCGUGUCAGGUCCAGAUUUCGUCAUCAUAAACAGAGAUCUCUUAGUGUACCUAUUGGUAUAUUUUGGGAUAUAGAAAACUGUCAGGUUCCACGAGGGUGUUCAGCGAUAGAUGUUGUGGCAGCUAUUAGAAAUAAAUUCUUGCCCGGUAGACGGGAAGCAGACUUUGUGGUGGUAUGUGAUGUGAGGAAAGAAGCUCCAAGUAGGUUACAAGAACUUAAUGAUGCCCAGGUGAGCCUAAUCCAUGUGUGUGGCACAAAAAAUGCAGCUGACGAGAAGUUAAGACAGUGUAUGCGAAGGUUUGGAGAGCUGCAUUCAGCACCAGCAGCACUAUUACUCAUAUCUGGGGACAUAAAUUUUGCUGCAGAUUUGAGUGACUUCAGACAUAGGAAAAAUAUGGAAGUUAUAUUGGUGCAUAAACAGAAUACAUCGUCUGCCUUAAUUACAUGUGCCUCUUCUCAUUAUUGUUACAAUGAUCUGACUGCACUUCUACCACGGAAUCCAAAGAUUAGUCAAACAGAAGAAGAGGAAGAGCCGCCCACCUGUGAGAUGGAAGUUACUAAUUUACCUGUAGACCAUCCUCCUGAAAGAGUGUCUCGAAGACUAAGGAGGUUGGCAGAUAAUUGUGGUGGAAAAGUAUUGAGGGUCACUGCGAAUACUGCUGUCCUGAGGUUUCCAACGCCAGACCAUGCUUCCAGAGCACUAAAGCGCAUGGAUGGUGAAGAUGUAUUUGGUCGGAAAAUAACUACCCGUUACGCACGAAGUGUGUUCCAGUCUGCGUAUUCCAGUGAUGAGGGAUACGGUACUGCUCCCCCUACCCAGCCACCGCACAGAGCUGCAUUCAUGCCUCCAAUUAAUCAGCAAUGUUAUUCACCACGUGAGAAGCUUCCAAGCGUAAAUUCCGUGGCCAACGAUUGGGCAUUGGCCUUACAACAACUGCCUGCGCCGACACCUCCGCCGCUCGACUUCUGCCCACCGCCUGCCCCCAAGCCCCGCAAAAUCAGAGGCACCCAUGGUUCAACUAAUUUAGACCGCUCAGGUUGCUCAUCCAGUAAUAGCUGUGAUGAGAGUCGUCGUGACAACAGCCAGAGCCGAGCGAUGUCGCCGUGGAACUCGUCUGCGAGUUUCAGUGAGCAGAGUGAGGGUGAUAGUGACAAUGCUGAGCUCACCGUCUCCAACCUGCCCCCAUUCGACCCUACUGUUUUACAGGAAAUGUUGACAAUUCUCUUCGACCAAUAUGUGCCUGUUGUCCGGGUGUCGAUCUGGGCGGCCGGGGAAGGUCCACUGGCGACAGUGGUACUCCGGUCAGAGUGGGAUGCUCGAUUGGCAAUCGCCCGCAUCCAUAAGCGACGUCUCGACAACCAAUGGACAGGUCGCAGGCUCGAACUGUCCUUAGGAAGGCCAUCUCCUGCACCAAAUCUAGAUGUAUUGCGUGCUAGGUUGCGCGCCAUUUUACUAGAUCAAAAGAAUUAUACUCUACCUCUAUUACGUUUACGUGAUGCUUAUGCAAGCCGACACUGCUGCGCUCUAACAACCUCUGAUAUAGCAAAGGUGAAAGACACGGUCAUAAUACAUGAAGGUUUUGGGAGAAUGGUUCAGUUAAUAGAUCUAAAUCCAGUGUCUAGCUCGGAGAUGGAAGCAGCGCCCUGGAAGUGCCACAUUCACACAUCGAUGAACACUGGACAUGAGGAUGGAAGUCGUAUAUUGCAACCAGUGUACAUAGAGGUUGCCGCCUUAGCAAAGAAUGUGCAAUUGUUGUUAGAAAACCAUGGAGGCGUUUUACCACUUCUAACUUUCGUGGAGUGUUACGAGGCGACGUUUAUGCCACUAAUGGUGGACGUACAGCGCGGUGUGGCUCUGGAACUGCUUCUUCGCAGUGUUCCCGGCGUGGAGGUCAAAGACAGCCCCUCGCGGCAUCUCACAUGGCGCACCGAUGGGACUGAUACGCCCCCUUCACACAGUGAGAGUUCCCGGUCUAGCGAACGAGAGCGCGGCCGGACAGCACCUGCUUUAGAACCAAUACUCGCGUUGUUCGAGCGUGAACUCAUCGAUCUACUGCGAACUGCACCGAGGUGCACCAUUGCCUUUAGCAAACUAAUCCCAGCAUUCCAUCACCACUUCGGUCGUCAGUGCCGAGUGGCUGAUUAUGGAUUCACAAAACUCCCAGAUUUACUCGCGGCUCUAAGCAAUACAAUUGUUGUACUCGGUUCGGGUUCGUCUCGAGUUAUAACAAUCUCGGCAGCGGCUCAGAGCCGUCGAUGGACAUCCGAUCUGGUGAAGCUGUUGAAAGCUCAACCUGGCCGCGUUAUACUGCCCAUGGAGAUCCCAGAGCUAUAUCAGUCGACAUUUGGACGGCUAUUUUCGCCGGUUGACUAUGGCCUGUGUACGCUGAAGGAGUUGAUGCAACGCGUUGCACCGCAAGCAGUUAUUGUUGAUAUUGACGGCACGCUCUCGUUGCCACGCCGGACUCCAACGCCUGAAGAACGCGCGCGAACUGUACAAUUUGCUGUGGAAGCCGUCGAACUCCUCUGCUAUACACCUAAUCUACGUAUGGAAUUCUCGCGGUUUGUACCCGCUUACCAUGCUCACUUCGGGCGGCAACUACGCGUCGCCCACUACGGAUGCGUGAAGCUUGUGGAGCUACUGGAACUGAUACCGGAAGCGGUGGUCAUAUGUGUGGAGCCGAAUGGCGACCGUACUGUAAGGCUGGGUGCUCGCGCUGCGCGAGCGGCGAUGGCUCAACGACUCCGCGCCAUCACACCGAUUCCUCUUAGUGAACUUUCUACCCAGUAUGCCGCCCAGUUUGGAGCUCCACCAUUGCUCGAUAUGCUAGAUGUUACGUCACUGGAAUUGCUCGUCUACGCCGCUGGUGGAUGCUUGCAGAAUGGCAUAGUAGUCGGUCCGGGAGCGGCACCAUCUUGGGCAACAGCUAUGCUCGCUGCUUGCGCCGUCCUCAGCGCUGAUCGUAGCGUGGCACGAGGCUCCACCGACGAGUACUUUGCUUCCGCAUUCCGUCGCAUGCGCAUCCCGGAGCCAGACGUCCGGCACUUGGCUGCAGCGGGCGUCGUGGAAACCUCCGACCGCCGCAUUCGCCUCACGCCGACCUGGAGGACGGUAUGGCGGCUCGCACAACUGUUGGCCGAUUGCAACUCACCGACUACUGUCAACGACAUUCUAGCGCAGUAUAUGCACCGUUAUGAAUCAGUUUUCCCCUGUGCAGAUUUAGGUGUAUGGAGCUUAGAAGAAUUUCUACGACAAUACCAGGAAGUGUUCACGGAGACUAGCGGAAUGGGGCGUUGGUCGCUGUGCGAGGGCGUGACAGUCUCCCGCUACAGAGAUCUGGGGUCAGCGCCAACCCACGAGGAUUACACACUGCACGAUACGCCCCCCGGACAGAAGGGAUCGCGUGUGUUCGAGUCUCCGAAAGUAAACAUUUGGUGCUCUCCGCCGGCUAGUGCAUUGCCAGCCCCGACUGCUUUACUCACUCAGGAAAAACGUCGCACGCGUCUGGCAGCUCACUUCGACGUGUCCUAAUUACCAUUCCUAAUAGUAUUGAAAUCGCAUUCCUUCCUUUCCAAAACCUCUUGUGUGUGAAGAUUGCAUGAGUUGAAAUUGUGGCGAUAGUGAACCAAAGCUGUCACGGUUCGUACCCAGGGUCGCAACGAAUUUUAUGAACUAGAUUAAUACAAGUGUCCUAAUUAAUGUGAUGUCUAUAACAAUAAUGUUUUAGAUGGCGUAUAUUUUCGUGUGUUUAUUUAGAUUAAGAACAAAAUUCAUUCGGAAAAUGUUACAACAAAGAUUGCGCUUGUCUAACGUUCAGAAUGCUGGACAUUCACUUAUCCAGACUAUUUAUACAUUAUAUUGUUUACCAUGACAACAAUAUUAUUAUAGAUUUGAUAAUUUUGUUCUCUAUUUCUUCUUAAUUCUUAUUUAUGUCUUAGUCUUUCCAUGUUUUUAUUUUUAGUUGGGUUGAUUAGAAUUUAAGAAUAAUGUUUCAUAAAAUUUAAUCGACCUUUGAUUUAUUUUAUUCAUUGACAUUAUAUUCCCUUAGGUAAGAUAUAGACGGACUGAAACAUAAAUUGGUAAUGUUUUUUAUUCCAGAAAUGAUAGAAUAUAACGUUGAUUUUAAUUUAUAAUAUUCAUUUUUGGAGAAAUAACAUUAAUUGUACAUAUCAUUUUAAGAUUUGAGGCUCAAGUUAUGUUAGGAAUAGACAUAGUACAUUAGGUUACUAAGUAACGAAAGCGUAACAAGCUUCAGUAACAUUUUUCGAAUGCAUACUAGAGUACAAUAAAUCAUACAAUGUUGAUUUUAUCAAACGAAUUUUAUCCCUUUAUAAUGUGAUCUCGAUUGAAUAAUAAAAUUGCAUGUAAUAUGGCUUAUGUAUUUUAGUUUAAGAAAUCUUAACUAUUGAUUGUUAUUGUUGCACAAGAGUAUUACGAUUAGUCGAACAUUAAAUUUCGGCUUUAUGUACUUUUGGACAAAAUAUACAUUUUUUCAAUUAUAAAUGGUUCUAUGUAUAAUAUUGUUAAUCCAAUUUUUUGCAAGCUGACUUCGAUGACAACAUAAAUCAGAAAUUUGAGUCAAUUAUAGACGUUCAAAUCUUUUUAAAUAGAUCUGUAGUAAUAGAAAAUAUUAUUUGAUUAUUAUAUACGCUUCCGUCUUGUGCAAUGACUUUAUAGUUUUAUGCCCUUGAUAAUGGUCUAAAAUAUCAUUGUUCCACAUUGGUAAAAAUAUGAUUUAUAUAUAGGGACAUAUCGAUUGAUUAAAAUCUGUACUGAAAUCUCGAUUUAUUCUAUUUUAUUAUAUAAAAAUCACUCGUUAUUUAUACUCUAUUUACGUAUUAUAGAAUAUGCAAAAUUAGUUGUUCGAAUACAUUAAUUACAUUGUAUUCGAAGUUUAUGAUUAUCAUAAAUUGCGAUUGAAUGCUAUUUGGGCCAAAACUAAAUACGCCAUUACUUGUUUGGAUCAUGUAAAUUUAAUAUUUAUAGUUACAUCAACACACAGAUAAAAAUAAAAUUACCAGUCUAACAUUUGUUGAAAAAGACUGCUAAUUUAUUGUGAACAUAGUUAUGUUUAGUUAGAUGAGUAUGUAUAUUUUAUGACACAAUAAUAAGAAACUAAAUUAAAAUGCAUAAAAUAUUAUUACCAGUUUUUAUACAAAAAAAAAAAUACUUUGUAUUAAAUUUAUUUUUAUUUGUAAAAUAAGAUAUAGAAGAAUAUUUUUUAAUUUUAUUGAUAUAGUGAUAUAAUUAAUUAAAAUUUGUAAAAAGGCAUUUUCACUGUGAUACUAUGUAACAAUUAAUGCCAGUUAUGUUUAGGGUGUAAUAUUAAAAUAAGCACAGUUCAUUAUUCUAAGUAAACCUAAUGCAUUUAUGUAUAUAGUGUACAUAAUUAUUGUCUAAUGAUUAAGGGAUUAGUACAAAAAUGCUAUUAGUGCAUA